CAACCUCCAUUUCCACCCCCCACCCCCCUUCCGCUCCAGUACACGGCUGAGUUUCAGGAACGUCUCCAUGCCCUCAACUUCCACUUCGAAGACCUUGUUUUGCUGAAUGCCGAAGGGAGGCGGGACUUGGAGGCCUUCAGGAAGAGCCAGGUGGACUUGGUCAACUACGCUGACUUCACGGCAGAGUUGCGCAACCCUGUGGUGAAGACCAAUGUGGAAGGAUUGGCAGUCGAUCUUGAAAGGUUGAGUAACGUUCAGAGCGACAGAACUCUGGCAGGACGAUUGGUGGAGGAAGCUCACAAGCUCAGAAGAGUCCAGAACCAGAUAGUCCUCCCAAUGGAGGCCCUCGUGGCACAACUGAAAGAAAGUGUCCAGUUUUUAACAACCAUGUCACCUAGCUUCCAGGUAUUGUGAUUACAGGUGAAAUAAUUUCAGGGAUG